AUGUGGUACUGUUGGCACCCAGGCUUUAACCUCUUCGCGAUUCCACCAUUGGUUCUUCUGACAGGUUGGUCGUUGGCAAAGCCGUCACCAGCAGCUCACAAAGCUUUGUCAUGGAGCGUGUUGUGCUACACGAUGUUGGACACGAUCUACAACUUGAUGGUGCCUGAAUGUCAACCGUCGAGGCGGCGCUGGGCCAGUAUUCUGCUUCACCACGUGACGGCGGCUUGGCUGGUUUGCUUCCCUAUCAGCUACGAAGGCUUUGCACACCUGACGGCAUAUUGCACUGCAGUCGAGCUCAAUACAAUGUGCUUCGCCAUCUACAAGGCUUUCAAGGGGCCAGCAGCCCGUGCUGCACAUCUGCUCACCUGGGUGGUUCUCAGACUUGGCUGGUAUCCGUACCUCGUGUACCACUUUCACCAAGUCGUCCGCGGAGCUGGAUUUGCAGUUGGCAGCUACGAGUACUGCCAGUCGGUUGGAUCACAAGUGAUCCUUUGCAGCUUGAACUUUUUCUGGACAGUAGAGGUAGCUCUUGGCAUGAUGCAAGCGAAGCAGAAGCAGAAGGACGAGCAUCUUCACCGCAGUUAG